AUGGGAAAGUCCGUUGUCAGAACAACAAUAGACGCGCCAAUGGUACAAUCGCUCGCGUACAAUAGAACGUUUUCCGCUGGCCACGCCUCGCCAACAAAGCAAACACGCCCAGUUCCACUACUAUCGCACUCCCACCUGGUUUUGGUUGUGUGCGAAUUGUUCGACAAUGCUCGGCUGUUCACCGCGCAACGCACACUGCACCGUCGCGUCGGCACACUCAAAGACGCCGGGGGGCGGGGCUUAGAGCGAGACAACGCUCUACCAACACGCCUGCCGAGCGAGACGGAGCACCCAAUACGCACACAAUACCGUCCGCUAGAAAAGGACGGAAACAGCUUUUGUAUAGAUACCGCGCUGUUAUUCCGCAGAGACAAU